UUCUUUCCACCUGUGACCCCACCACGACCCCGUAUCCACCUCAUCCUUCCAGAAGCGACCCACAGGAUCCCAUCUCCAUCACCUCUUUCCACCUGUGACCCCACCACGACCCCACUCCCACCUUCCUCUUCCCCAAAAACGACCCCCUGUUGUCCCCCCCAUGGAGGCGUGGAGGCAAUGCGCCCAUUGGUUGGUGACAGCAAGGGUUCUCCCGGCCGGUCACCGUGCCAGCAGCCCCACGGGACAAGUUUGGGACCUGGCACAGGCGUUGAGGGAUGGGGUUCUUCUCUGUCACCUCCUCAACGCCCUCCUGCCCAACGCCGUGCCCCCCAGGGACAUUUGUCCCCGUCCCCAAAUGUCACAGUUCCUGUGCCUGAGGAACAUCCGCACCUUCCUGACCGCCUGCGCCGACAAAUUCGGGCUCCCCAAGCAUCGCCUCUUCGGGGCCUUCGACCUCUUUGACGUUCAGGAUUUUGGGAAGGUGAUCGACACCUUGUCCACGCUGUCCUGGACGCCCAUCGCACAGAGCAAAGGCUUCACACCCUUCCCCACCGAGGACUGCGAUGGGGACGACGAAAUCUACAGCGGGCUCUCGGACCUCAUUGACGACACGGUGGAGGACGACGACGAGCUGUACGACUGCGUCGAGGCCGAAGGGGACGACGGGGACGACGUCUACGAGGACCUGAUGAGGGCGGACGUCCCCCCGUCCGCUAGGGUGGAGGUGGACCGCAGGCACUGCUGCCUCCAGGAGCUGAGGCAGACGGAGGAGAAAUACACCGAGACCCUCGAGUCCAUCUGCACGCACUUCCUGCGCCCGCUCAGGCACUUCCUGCAGCCGCAGGACCUGGAGAGCGUCUUCAUCAACAUCGAGGAGCUGCUGCAGCUGCACCGCCUCUUCCUGGGAGAACUGCGGGGGGCUUUGGGGGGGUCCGGGGGGGGGCGAGGGCUGCCCCCCCUCUUCCUGGCCUACAAGGAGAGGUUCCUGCUGUACGGCCGCUACUGCAGUCAGGUGGAGGCGGCAGCGCGGAGGUUGGAUCAGCUGUCGGCCGGAACCGACAUCCGCAUGAAGCUGCAGGAAUGUUCCCAGAGAGCCAACAAUGGCCGCUUCUCCCUGCGGGAUCUCCUGAUGGUGCCGAUGCAGCGGGUGCUGAAGUACCACCUCCUGCUGCAGGAGCUGGUGAAGCUGACCCCAGAUCCAUCGGAGAGGGAGAGGCUGCGGGCGGCGCUGGAUGCCAUGAGGGACCUGGCGCAGUGCGUCAACGAGGUCAAAAGGGACAACGAGACCCUAAAGCAGCUCACCAGCAUCCAGCUCUGCCUCCACAACAUGCCCCAGUCCUUGGCGCAGUUCGGGCGGCCAAAAAUCGACGGGGAGCUGAAGGUGUGCAGCAGUGAGAAGCGCUCCAAGGCGGACAGGUAUGGGUUCCUCCUGGACAAGGCCCUGAUCAUCUGCAAGCGCCGUGGGGACGCUUACGAGGCCAAGGAUGUCGUGGACCUACAGAGCCACCAACUGAGGGACAGUGGCCUCGGGCCCAGGGAUGGCAAGAAGUGGUCCCACACCUUCCUGCUCAUCAACACGGCCGGGCUGCAGGGCUACGAGCUCUUCUUCAAGACACGCGAGCUGAAGAAGAAGUGGCUGGAGCAGUUCGAGAUGGCCCUGUCCAACAUCUUCCCAGAGCACGCCCUGGCGGAUGGACACGACUUCCAGAUGUUCUCCUUUGAGGACACCACGUCCUGUAGGGCCUGCCAGAUGUUGCUGAGAGGGACGUUCUACCAGGGAUAUCGCUGCAACCGGUGCCGGGCUCCUGCGCACAAGGAAUGUCUGGGGAGGAUGGGGACCUGCGGAGCCGAUCCGAGCUCUGGCAGCAGGAAGAUGAAAUCCCAGCGCCCGGCUCAUGAGAACAAGGCUGCGGAGCUGGGGUUGCCCAAGAUGGAGGCCAACCAGCACUACAGCGGGGUGCCCCCGCCGCCGGGAAAUGUGGGUCCUGCCCUACGGCUCUGCCCUGGGGACGUCGUGGAGGCAACGGUGGCGGAGGCGGAGCAGCGGUGGUGGCAGGGCAGGAACGUGGUCAGUGGUGAGACGGGCUGGUUCCCCUGUGCUGCUGUCAGACCCUUCAUCUGUGCACCGCUGCCGGAUCUCUCUGUCUACCUCUGGUACGCCGGCCCCAUGGAAAGGGGGGAAGCGGAACAGAUCCUGACCCCCCGCUCUGAUGGCACGUUCCUGGUGCGGCAGCGGGUGAAGGACACGGGAGAAUUUGCCAUCAGCAUCAAGUACCGUGCGGAGGUGAAGCACAUCAAGGUGAUGACGGGCGAAGGGCUGUAUCGCCUCAACGAGAAGAAGGCCUUCAAGGGGCUGGUGGAUCUGGUAGAGUUCUACCAGUGCAACUCGCUCAAGGAUUGCUUCAAGGCUCUGGACACGGCCCUGCUGGUGCCAUUCAAGGAGCCCGAGAGGAGGACCAGCCCACGACCCCCUGGGGCCGUGCGAAAUUUCGGGUCGGCCAAAGCCCGUUACGAUUUCUGCGCCCGCGACCGGACGGAGCUGACGCUGCGGGAAGGGGACAUCAUCCGUGUGCUCAGCAAAAAGGGCCAUCCGGGAUGGUGGAAAGGGGAGAUUUACGGCCGGGUCGGAUGGUUCCCCGCCAACUACGUGGAGGAGGAUUAUUCGGAGUAUUGCUGACCGCAGGACCCCUCAACGUCCCCCCCUCUCCUACAUCCCCCAACCAACCCCACACCUUCUGCACCCCCCCCCCGUCCCCCUUUGAGGUCACUGCAUCCCCUCCUUCCCCCUUUAAUUAAUUU